AGACUAUCCCCAAAGUCAACAGGGAAAAAAUCAAUGCAAACUACUCUUUCCAUUGGCAACUCUGCAUGCCGCUGACGACUUCUCAGUUCUUCUGAGAAGAAAGAACGUUUCCACCCUAGAGAAGAAAUGGCAUUUUAAAGAAAAAAAUCCCUUUUGUUAGUUCAGUUUCUCUGGAUGAUUCGUCUCUGAACCCUUUCCUGCAGAGGCUGCUGCUAAGCCACCAGUCCUGAGAUAAAGAAUUCCAGAAGCAAUAUCCUUAUCAGGCAAUAAUCAUGAACAGCAAGGAGAUAAUGGGGGAGGGACACCAACUCCAAGAAGCUGGAGAUGAACCGAUGACUACACAACCAGAGCCCUGGAAGAUCCAUUCUGAGAAGUCAUGGCUCCAUCAGCGUUCCUCUUCAUUAUUACACCGUGACAAGCAGGCCCAGAAGACCGGGCAGCUCUUCUCAGGAAUUCUGGCCAUGAAUGUAGUGUUUCUUGGCAGUGCGUUCAUAUGCAGCAUGAUUUUCAACAAGGUAGCCAUCACAGUGGAAGAUGUCUGGAUUUUCCUGUCCAUCCUCAAGAUCCUGUCCUUGAGCUGGAUGGCAUACUAUUUAGUGUUCACUAGAAGGAAACCAUAUGCCACCUGGUGCCAGGAUGCCCAUGCAGGAGCUAAGUGGAUUAAAGGGUCUUUAAUACUGUUCGGAGCAUGCAGCGUUGUCUUGCACAGUUUCCGGAUUGGGUAUGACAUUUUCUAUGUUCAGGGCAAAUCGCACAUGGAAAUCUUGUUCCCAUCCAUAGAAAUACUCUUCAUCUGCAUUCAGACUUACUUCAUAUGGUGUCACGCAAAAGACUGUACCCAGGUUCAGCACAACCUCACCAGAUGUGGGCUAAUGCUGACCUUGGCCACUAACCUCCUGCUAUGGCUUUUAGCAGUGACCAACGAUACAGUUCACAGAGAAAUUGAAUCAGAACUUAACCAGACCCUGCAAAGAUAUGAAGGUAAUUUGACAUAUUCCUGCAAAUACUUAAACACCAUCUCCUGCAAGAUCUUCCAAAAAGGAUAUAUUUUGUUAUAUCCCUUCAAUACAGAAUAUUGCCUGAUCAGUUGCUCCAUGCUGUAUGUCAUGUGGAAGAAUGUGGGCCGGCGCAUAGCUCAGGACCAUAACACUUGUAUCCAGCCUAGAUUCAAACUCCAUGGCGUUAUUUGGGGGCCUUUGUUUGGUAUCGCUGCAAUAAUUAUUGGUAUCUGUAUUUUCAUGAUAUAUCAGAUCCAAGCCACUGGUUCUUUCCCUAGCCAUAAAUCAUUCAUACUAUAUUAUUCCUACUAUAUUUGUUUAUUGCCUGUAAUGACCGUGGGGGCUUUGGUUGGAACUGUUAUCCAUGCCCUAGAAGAAAGGGAGCUGGAUACCCUGAAAAAUCCAACCCGAAGCCUUGAUGUCAUCCUCCUCAUGGGAACAGCCUUAGGCCAAAUUGCCAUCUCAUAUUUUUCCAUUGUAGCCACUGUGGCCACACACCCAAUAGAUAUGUUGAACGGCAUCAUUCUAGCCUAUUCAGUAAACCUCAUCAUUCAACACAUUUCCCAGAAUAUCUUCAUCAUUGAGGGGCUCCACAGGCAACCACUACUGGUGAGUGAGGACCCUCACCCUGCUGCACAUUCCACUCAAGGGCCUACCUCAACCCAGGUUCUGCCUAAUGAAGAUAGGACUGUAUCCCAUCUCUGUAAAGAACCUGCCCCAUCCACUGCCAAUGAGGAGACAGACAAAAGUGAAAAAGAGAAAUGUGAAGACAGUUCCCCAAACAUGGAUAACCUAGAAGAAAGACAGGAAAUCCAGAGAGUUUCAUGGACUUACAUCCAGACCUACAGGCAUUUGAACUGGAAAAGAAGAGCUCUGAAGGAGAUCUCCAGCUUCCUGAUCAUGUGCAAUAUCAUUCUGUGGAUUAUGCCAUCAUUUGGAGCACAUCCAGUGUUUGAGAAUGGAAUAGAGAAGUCAUUUUAUGGCUACUCCACCUGGUUUGCCAUUGUCAAUUUUGGGCUUCCAUUGGGUGUGUUCUACAGAAUGCAUUCUGUUGGUGAUCUUCUGGAGGUGUAUCGAUCUGCCUGAAGCAAAUCCAAAGUUUCUUGCAUUGCUGUUUUUAUUCUGCUACAAAUGCAAUUAUGAAGACCGGUAAUAAAAUGGAUAUAAUUAUUAUGAGAAUUUCA